UUGUUUUUGUCAUUUAUGGGAUAAGAUCCUCACGACAGUAUUUGGGUAAGGGUCAUUAUCUCUUCUCCCUCUGUCUUUCUCUAAACUAUUGCUCUGCUUCGCCAUGGAAAACUUUUACUUCUACCUUGCUUUGAUCCUCUCCACUGUUUUCAUUAUCAAACUUCUAAACCGCCACCAUAACAAAAAUUUACCACCAAGUCCAUUUUCUCUACCAAUAAUCGGCCACCUUCACCUCCUGAAACAGCCACUCCACUGAACACUAGAGACCCUAUCAUUGCAGUACGGUCCAAUCCUAUCUCUUAAGUUUGGUUCAAGGUCUAUCCUAGUUGUAUCUUCUCCUUCAGCUGUUGAAGAAUGUUUCACCAAAAAUGACAUAAUAUUUGCAAAUCGUCCCCAAACUAUGGCUGGGGAUCGUCUUACUUAUAAUUGUACUGCCCCAGUUUGGGCUCCAUAUGGUCACUUGUGGCGAAACCUCAGACGUGUUAGUACCAUUGAGAUUCUCUCUCAUAUCAGCCUUCAGAAAUCUUCUAUCAUUAGAGAAGAAGAAGUGUACUCUCUUCUUCGCCAAGUGUUUAAGGUGUCAAAUAUAGAACCCCAAAAGGUGGACUUCAAGUAUUUUUGCACACUUUUGGUGUCAAAUAUUAUGAUGAGGAUGGUUGCUGGAAAGCCAUGUGUUGGAGAGGAAUUUGCAUGCAUGGAUGUGGGAAAGAAGCUUCUCAAAGAAUUCAAAGAGGUUUACUUUCCGAGCUUGACAGUGAAUAUAUGUGAUUUCUUUCCAAUUUUAAGGUGGGUUGGUUACAAAGGGUUGGAGAAGAAAAUGAUAAGGAUGCACAGGAAAAGAGAUGAAGCGUUAGGGCGUUUGAUAGAAGAGAUAAGCAGGCUGAACAAUGAUAACAUUAUAGAUGUGGAAAAGAAGAGGACACUGAUUGAAACUCUGUUUUCUCUACGGAAAUCUGAACCUGAAUUUUUUUCAGAUGAAGUCAUCAAAAGCCUCACAUUGAUGAUGCUUAUUGCGGGAACAGAAACAACAGCAACAACCAUGGAAUGGGUCAUGUCACUUCUUCUGAAUCAUCCAGAAGUAUUGCAAAAGGUUAAAGCAGAAAUCGACAGCCAAGUUGGGUGUGAGCGCUUGAUAAAUGAAUCGGAUCUUGCCAAACUUCCCUAUCUUCGUUGUGUCAUCAAUGAAACAUUUCGACUAUAUCCUACAGUGCCACUUUUAUUACCUCAUUGUUCCUCAGCAGAUUGCACCGUGGGGGGAUUUCAUAUCCCACGAGGGACAAUUAUGUUGGUGAAUGCAUGGUCCAUGCAUAGAGAUCCCAAGCUUUGGGAGGAGCCUACUAAGUUCAAGCCAGAGAGAUUUGAAGAAAUUAAUGGAGAAAGAGUAGGGUUCAAGUUCUUUCCAUUUGGCAUAGGGAGGAGGGCAUGCCCUGGUGAUAGCAUGGCCAUGCGGGUUAUGUCUUUAGCAUUGGGUGCAUUCAUUCAGUGCUUUGAUUGGGAAAUGGUUGGGAAGGAGAUGGUGGACAUGACCUCAAGUUUCGGAUUUCUCAUGGCAAAGACUAAGCCUUUGGAGGCUGUUUGUACUCCAUGCCCUUCCAUGACUAGCAUCCUCUCUCAGCUUUGAUUAGAUUUAUUAGAAGAUAUGAGACUGAUAAAUAAAACCAAUAGAAUAAAAUUACCUCUGUUUUACUAAGUGCAUAGAUAAGUGCUUCUGAGGAAAAGGUUGACAAAAUCCAACACAUCAUUUAUGAAU